UCCCCUUCAUUACCCAUUUUACCUUCCCUAACCCUCUGGUUUCCUCGAAGUUUAAGAAAGAAAAAACUCUAUUUUUUCUUUUUUUGCUAUUUCCAAAGACAGCAACCCCAAAACAACCCACUCACCCAGCUUCCACACAUCUCUUUCACGCUCAUCGAUCGACGACAUGGAUUCUUCUCCCCAGAACUGGCUCGGCUUCUCUCUUUCCAACCACACUAACCCCCACUUGCGCUCCGACUCCUCCCCUCUCUCCCUCUUCCAUGCCUUUACCUCCCCAGCCUCAGGUUCUGUGACCGACGUAACGCAAGAUCAAGAUCAUGAUGCGACUGGUGGUGCAAACGACCUGUCUAUGUUUACCACCGGGCCGAAGCUUGAGGACUUCCUUGGCGGUUCCACCGCCACAUCCGGAGCUGCACCGCUGGCUCAGUUUUCUACCCAGAGUCCCAUGGCUAUGCAUGUGUCGGCCGAGCCUGAGAUGUACGACUCUGAGCUCAAGACCAUAGCCGCUGGCUUCCUCCGAGGGUUCUCAACCGAACAAAAAACCCAAGCGGAAAAGCUGCCAGUGGCUCCAGCGGAACCGUCGCCAAAGAAAAACGCAGACACCUUCGGUCAACGCACCUCCAUCUACCGUGGCGUCACCCGACAUAGGUGGACAGGGAGAUAUGAAGCUCACCUUUGGGACAACAGUUGCAGAAGAGAAGGGCAGAGUAGGAAAGGAAGACAAGUUUAUUUGGGUGGCUAUGAUAAAGAAGAGAAAGCUGCAAGAGCUUAUGAUCUGGCAGCUCUCAAAUACUGGGGUCCGAACACAACCACAAACUUUCCGGUUUCUAACUAUGAGAAAGAACUUGAGGAGAUGAAGAACAUGACUAGGUUGGAGUUUAUUGCUUCUCUUCGAAGGAAAAGUAGUGGGUUUUCUAGAGGAGCCUCCAUCUACAGAGGCGUCACAAGGCACCAUCAACACGGCAGAUGGCAGGCAAGAAUCGGGAGAGUUGCUGGCAACAAAGAUCUUUACCUUGGCACCUUCAGCACCCAAGAAGAAGCUGCUGAGGCCUAUGACAUUGCUGCUAUAAAAUUCAGAGGGCUAAACGCCGUGACCAAUUUUGACAUGAGCCGCUACGACGUAAAGAGCAUUGCCAACAGCAACCUUCCCCUCGGCGCUGGUAAAUCGAAGACUUCUUCUGAGUCUGCUUCCGAUACCAAGAGUAUCGAUGGAAGCCGUUCUGAUGACCGAGAUCUUUCCUCAGCUUCCUCCAUAUCCUUUGCUUCACAGCCCUCAGCGUCUUCCUUAAGUUUCGCAAUACCCAUCAAACAAGACCCAUCAGAAUACUGGCCGUCUAUUCUUGGUUACCAGAACGGUUCUUUUAACUAUACUAAGAACCCUAGUGUUGCACCGCAUUUAGUUCAAUCAGCUUCCAUCAAUGGCUCUGCCUUUCAGAACACCACCUCACCCUUCAACGUGGACUUCUCUACAACUUCCAGCUCUGCCAACGAAAGCUGCAAUGGGUUUUUCAAUGAAGGUUAUGUUCAGGAACAGAAUAAUGGAACGUCAAUCCCUUAUCCCACAACAGCUGCCGUAAGUAGUAACAAUAGUUAUGAGAGUUCCUCCGGUUUUGGAAGCAGCUGGAUUGGCCCCGCUCUGCACACAUUCCAAACUCAUGCUAAGCCCAAUCUCUUUCAGACACCGAUUUUUGGCAUAGAAUGAGCUCUCACACUAGAGAGGAUAGAUGGGAAUCCGUGCAAAAUUAUGGAAUUGAAUGAUGUUGGUGUUAAAGAAAGCCGAAUGAGAGGGUCAACUUUUGUUGAAAAGGGGGAGGGGGACUGAUAAAUUGACAAUCACGAUUCACGGGAGCAGAGUUCACGGUGUACUGACUGAAGUUCUUUGUCAAGGUCAUGGCGGUUCUUUUCUGGCUUUUUCAUUCAUCUUUUCCCUUUCUCUUUUUGCUUUUACUGACACGAUUUACAUGGGUAUAACGGGAAAGAAACACUUUUGUAAUCCUUCCAACUUCUUAAUUAGGGUUUAAAUUAUCAACGCAAAAAUUUUC